AUGAAUGGAACACAAGUUGCUUCAAUUGACCAACGUAUGAAAUAUAUCCAAACACAAGGUUUACAAAAGCAAUAUGAAGAAAAUAUUGAUUUUGCUCAUGGUAUACAUAAAAUUGCAGCACUGGUAUUUAUUCAUCCAGAUAAUAUUAUUAAUACAUUUACAGAUCUUAAUAAUUACAUCGGUCGUUUUCGAGGAAAUGGAUCACGUACACGACCACUAUUUGCUAUUGGAUAUUGGAAUGUUUAUGAACGAACCUAA